AUGUUUGGAGGCAAUGUCAGUGGGGGCAACAUCGUAAUAAAUCUGGCUCAGCCUAAAAGUCCUGUUGUCCCCAUAAAACAACGAAGAAUAAUUUUGCUAUGUAUCCAGAACAAUGGUAUGAUAUUGUUUGUGAUCUGUUUUCAGCUGUGUAUGCAGAACAACCACUGUGUAUCCAGAACAACCGGCAUGAUAUUGUUUGUGAUCUGUUUUCAGCUGUGUAUCCAGAACAACCGGUAUGAUAUUGUUUGUGAUCUGUUUUCAGCUGUGUAUCCAGAACAAUGCUGUGUAUCCAGAACAACCGGCAUGAUAUUGUUUGUGAUCUGUUUUCAGCUGUGUAUCCAGAACAACCGGUAUGAUAUUGUUUGUGAUCUGUUUUCAGCUGUGUAUGCAGAACAGCCGCUGUGUAUCCAGAACAACCCGAACGAGGCGCGCAGCAUGCUGCUCCAGAAUCCACAGCUGGCAUAUGCACUGCUCCAGGCCCAGAUCGUCAUGAAGAUUGUCGACCCACAGGUUGCUCUGGCUAUGUUGUACCGAGAUCCCAACCAGGUUCCGUCUGCUACUCCGGUGUCUAACGGAUCAAGUCACGUGACGCCAACCUCGUCGGCUCCUAUGGAUGUCGGUCCUCCUCAAGCCAUGGUUCCUCCAGGUGUGCGUGGUCCAGGUCUGAUGUCCGGUCCACCCAGGAUGUCAGGUCCUGGAGGAGACAUGAUGCCAGGUCCUCAAGGACUUGGUCCUGGAGGCCCUCAGGGUAUGAUGCAGGGAGGACCACAAGGACCUAUGCAAGGGCGACCAGACAUGGGUGCUCCGUUCCACGGCCCACCGGGUCCACAGCGGGAUUCCCGGGACCCACGACUGGUGGGAGACCCGCGGUCGAUGCCGCGACCUGGAGUGUCCGGUGUCCCUAUACGAGGACCUACGGGUCCUUCCUCAGGACACCUAGCCACACCCGGCCCAGUGCAGGCUUCUCAGUUGGGUGUUUUGGGUCAGCUUGGUAAUCUUGGCAACCUGAAUGCUCUGAGUCAGCUAGGACUGGCUGGAGGUCUGCAGCUAUCCGGGUUAGCAGGACAAGUUCCGGCCAUUCCUGGAGCGGGGACCCAGAUUUCUGCCCAGGAUCAGGAGAAGGCCGCGUUGAUUAUGCAGGUUCUACAGCUGACCGACCAGCAGAUCGCCAUGUUACCUCCAGACCAGCGCCAGAGCAUCCUCAUCCUUAAGGAGCAGAUCUCUCAGAGUGGACAGUAGACACCUCUGGGGAGGUGGGGUGGGGGGGGUCCUUUAGUAUGUAUAGACGAAUGGGGGGUUUGUCAGCAAAGCAUGCAGAUGCGAAACAGAUGAGGCUGUUGAAAAUGUAAACUGUCUAAACUGUUUCCAUACUUUACAGAAUUAAAAUGUUCAUUAUGUGUACAUGUUUUAAUCUUAUCUCUGUGUGUUUUCAACCACAAAAACUGAUUAUUAUGAAAUAACCAGUUAACUAUAGGGGUUUCAAUUUUGCGGGAUCAACAAUAACAAAUUAAAUGUUUAUGUAAAAAAACAAAAAAAACUUAACUCAUAUGUUUCGAGUUAUUAUCAUGUUGGGGGGUGGGGUGAUUUUAUUUGUUAAUUCAUCCAUUAAAACCGAGUUAUUUAUGAUUUGCUUUGGCACCUAUAAGGAGGAAGAUCUUAAAUAUUCCUGAAUAUCUUCAUAGGUUUGAUUGUUAUGUGUUCAUUUAAUAGCAUUACUUUCUUUUGGGUUGUGUGUGUACUUGCACAAUUGUUAUUGACUGUAUUGAGUAAUAUACAAUGAUUUCCAAACUUCAAUACAAUUUAUCUAUUGACCAUUAGGGGUGAGGCCCAGUGGUGAGGUGCUCGCUUGAUGUGCGGUCAAUCUAGGAUUGAUCCCCUUCGGUGGGCCCCAUUGACUAUUUUCAUUCCAGUCAGUGUGCAAUAAAUAGUAUAUCAAAGGUUGUGGUAUGUGCUAUCCUGUCUGGAAUGGUGUGUAUGAAAGAUCCCUUGCUACUAAUGGAAAACAAUAGUGGGAUAUAUCUUCAACUAUCAAAAAUUACCAAAUGUUUGACAUCAAUAACCAAUGAUUAAUAAAUUAAUGUGCUCUAGUGAUGUCAAACAAAUAAACAAACAAUUGACCCUGAUGUCAAAUUCAAUAUAAUUUUUGAUACUUGUGUUGUAAUCAAAGUAUGGGGGUGGGGGAACCCUUAUAAAUAAGUGCAUGUGGUGUGUUUGUGAGUGAUUUGAUGAAAAUACUCUGAUAUCGUACAAGGGAUGUGAUAUGUAGCUGAAUGCAUGUGCUUGCUAUGGAGGAGGGGUUGUUUAGGCAUACUAUAUGGACGGCCCCUUAAUGUAUCUCUCAGAGGACAGUGAGAACUACUUGUGAGUAUCUUACACUUGAAGACGAGUCUCAGUCUGGGUGGAAAUCAUGUCUGGCCUUGUAUGACAUGUUCUCUACAAUUAUCUUCAGUGUUUAAAUAUUACCGCAACAUUUUACGGACUAUGUUUUAAUUUGAUAUCGAUUGUUGUGUAUCAAUUUAGCAUAUUUUUAUGUUUGUUCUUGUUUUCUUUCCUUUAUUUCACAUGUUUAUGUCCAGUUGAAGAGUUAAUUUUCAAAACACGAUCAACAAUACGACAAUACGACAUUAAAGAUUUUGUCAAAAUGUGCUCUAUGCCCAUUGAACAGGGUGUUAAAACAUUGCUUUGUUUGAUUUACAUUACUUCAUGUUUCAACAAAACUGAUUUUCUUACAGUGAUGUAAAUGGGUAUUAUGGCAUUUAGGGAAUGAACUCCUCAAGUCACACUAGUAUUCUUCACAAGAUGUCUGGUACAGUUUUAAGAUAUUGUAUCAACUGAUACUGUUCAUGAUAGUAAGCAAACAUGUUAGCCUCGCAGUAUUAAAAUUAAUUUACAACAUUGUAGUUGAAAACGGAUCAUCAGUGUUGGCAACAUUAAAGCCCACUUUCCAUCAACGCGUUAACGUGCACAAGUUUUUUGUUUGUAUGCAUAUACACUACCUUAUCCUUACACGCGUUUCUGCGGUGGAAAGCAACCUCGCAAUGCGGAAUAUUCGCUAUCAUCUACGCUAUCAUCUACUUUAUGAUAUGUCUUGUAGAGAUCAUAGAAAUCAAAGGCAUGGAAGAGCAUUGUCUGGGAAAUGGACGCUGAGUUAGUACCUGAUUCAUUAAACGUUAUUAAUGAUGCUAAAUCAAAAGAAACACAUUAAUGUGAAUAGGAAUCCGCUACUGAAAACGGACAUGGAAUUGCACAUUUGCACAAAGUGAAUCGCAUUGAUGGAAAGCUGAAUGAUGUGGCGAGAUGUAGCUCGGUGAUAGACUAUUUGCCUUGGUGUGAUGGGUCAAACGAUUGUUCUUUGCUGACCCAUUGUUUUUUCUCCCAUUCCAACCAAACUGUCCCAUGAUUGUGUAACGUACAUCAGAGGCUGAUAUGCAUGUUGCUUGACCAUGUGUAUAUUAAAGAUCAUUUAUUGUUAUUCGUUAGUAGGUCACUGACUGUUAUUGGAACGUUACUAGUUUGUGAUCCAGUGUUAGAACCUGUAGGCACAACAGCACAGCUUAGAUGUGACUGCAACUUUAAUGAUGAGAACCCAGGGCCCCAUUUCACAAAACAUCGUAAGUUUACGUCUGCUACUAGCAGUUAUACCGGCCGUGCGUUUACACGUAUUUGGCAUCAAUUUCACGUAGAAAAGUACAUCAUUACGGAAGCUGGAGUAUUUUAAAGACAAAAGAAAAUGAAAUAUGUGCUCUUCUAACUAUAUUUGUUGAACUAUAAUAGUAAUAAUAAUCCUAGAUUUACGUUUACGUGUAAAACAUAACUUACGAUGUUUAGUGAAACAGGCUCCAGGCCCGUAGAUAAUUACAAACUUGUGUAGUUUUCAAGACACACUGCCAUCUUUUAUUACUGUUUCCAUUUUGAUAAUACUGAUUUUCUUUUGACAAAAUAAAUGGUGUGCAUCAA